GAGAUGGAAAUUGUUUCAGAUGGAUGUGAAAAAUGCUUUUCUAAAUGGUGACCUAGAAGAAGAAGUUUAUAUGAAACCACUUGCUGGGCUCCACCAUCUUCCAAACAAGGUAUGUCGAUUGCGCCGUGCAUUAUACGGGUUGAAGCAAUCCCCUCGAGCCUGGUAUGCAAAGUUUAGUGCUACUGUGAGUGAGUUUGGUUUUACUUCCAGUCCACAUGAUACAUCUUUGUUCAUCCGUAAGACUGCUCGGGGUAUGGUUCUUUUACUUCUUUAUGUUGAUGACAUGAUUAUUACUGGAGAUGAUGUCGUAGGUGUUGAGGAGUUAAAACAAUCUCUCAGUCAGAAAUUUGAGAUGAAAGAUCUUGGUGUUCUGAGCUACUUUUUGGGGCUUGAAGUGACCUCUUCAGAUGAUGGCUACCUGCUUUCUCAAGUAAAGUAUGCCUCCGAUCUUGUUUCUAAAGCUGAACUCAAUGAUGGAAAGUGUGUUUCUACACCUCUUGAACCUAAUGUCAAGCUUACACCUAUGGAUGGCUCUCCACUUUCUGAUCCUACUCGCUAUCGGCAAUUGGUUGGUAGUUUGGUUUAUCUUACUACGAUACGCCCUGAUAUAGCAUAUGCAGUUCACAUUGUUAGUCAGUUUAUGGCUGCUCCUCGCUCCACUCAUUAUGCAGCAGUACUUCGCAUUAUUCGCUAUGUUAAGGGAACAUUAUUUCAUGGACUCCAUUUUUCUGCCAACUCCUCCCCUGUGCUUUGCGCUUACUCUGAUGCUGAUUGGGCAGGUGAUCCUUUUGGUCGUAGAUCUACCACCGGUUACUGUCUUUUCCUUGCUGAGUAUAGAGCUUUCGGGGAUACCACAUCAGAACUUCUUUCAUCGCGGUGGCUUCUUGAAGAUAUGGGCAUUCCUCAACCUUCCUCUACUGAUUUAUAUUGUGAUAAUCAAAGUGCUAUACAGAUUGCUCAUAAUGAUGUCUUUCAUGAACGCACUAAACACAUUGAGGUUGAUUGCCACUUUAUUCGCCAUCAUGUUGCACAAGGAACUGUUCAUUUGGUUUUCAUUGGCUCCGCUGAUCAACCAGUAGAUCUCUUUACCAAGGCUCAUUUUCCUGGACGCUUUCGUACUCUUCUUUCCAAACUCAAGUUGAUUUCAUCACAAUCACCUUGAGUUUGAGGGGGGAUGUUAAGAUGUGAACAUAAUUAUAUAUAGAAUUAUUGUAAAUAUUUUAUACUUUAGAAUAUUCUCUUUAUAUACUUUAUACCUUAGAAUAUUCUCUUUGUAAACACCUAUAUAUAAGUCAUUGUACAUACAGUAUAAUUCAAGAAAGCAAUAAACCUUUCUUCAGAUA